UUAUCUUGCAAAAUGAGUAAUCUCCUAACAAUCGAAGACUGCGAUAUAAUCGUCCGAAAAUGUCUACAAACCGAAACGGCAAAAACCCUUGAUUAUAGUGUAGUGAAUUUACAAAAACAAAAUUUCCUAGUCGAAAUCGCCACAGCAAACAAAACGUUGAACUUUUUCGCAAAAUCGGGCCACCAAUCCGCGACUAUUAACCACAUUGUGGACGAAUUCAACACCACGGUACCGAAUUUUGACACGAAGAUCACCCCCCAGCUCUAUUUUACCAAGUCGGAUUUUUUCGUCUUCGAAGAUUUGUCGUGGCAAGGUUUCAAAAACUAUAACCCAGAAAGCUCGUUUGCUCCAGAUCAUGUCAAAACCGUGUUAAAAGUUUUGGCAAAAUUGCACGCCGGGAGCUUCGCCUACGAAGAAAUUAAAACCAAACAGACGCAAAAAGUCUACAGAUUAAACCAAGAUUACAAACUCAAAUCAUCUAGCGUUGACUUGCAAAAACCCGAGGUUACUAAACUAAUAUCGUCGCUUCUAGGUUCGUCAGAAGUGGUCAAAAAUCUAGAGGAUCGUCAAUCGUCGACGAUUUUCAGACGAGCGUUGUGCCACGGCAACGUCACUUUCGACAACGUCAUGUUCAAAGACCCCACAGACUGCAAAUUGAUCGAUUUCGAGUCCAUAGCAUACGCGCCCCCAGCCGUCGACGUUCUACAGACGAUUUUCUUCAACUGUGGUGAAGAUCAGCGCCAACACUAUUAUCACUCGUUUUUAGCUUACUAUUACGACUGCCUAAAUGUAGAAUUGAACAACUAUGGUGUCAAGAUUGACGAUAUUGUCACCAUAGAAGAGUGGCAAGCGCAAAUCCACCAGUUCCUACCGCUAAUAAAGCUGCAGUGUCUCCAAAUCAACCAACUAGUAUCACCCGACGAACUAAAAGAAGACCUAACGUCUUCUUUAUUGUCAAGACAAGACUGUUACGCCAUAAUUGCCAAGAAACUAAAAACCACGAUCUACCAUCUAUUAUCGUUCAAGGUAACACACAUAGAUUCGAUCAGUGCUUUUCUAGGUGACUACUAUCGUCUACAAAUCAAACUUCGUCACCAAGCUGAUAUCAACUGCUUCGUCAAACGUGUACCAAAGUCAACCGCAGCCAAGAACGUCGUCUCCGAUAGCAACAGUUUCGUCAAGGAAGCUUUCGUCUACAACACCUUGAUCCCCAAAUUCGAACAACUCGGGAUCAACAUGAUCACCGAUUGUCUACCACCGUGCUAUUUUCAUAGACCCAACGACAUUCUAGUUUUCGAAGACAUGAACGCCCUCGACUACCAAGUCACGUCAGCUUUAGACCCCCACGACUUCGACACUCUUUGCUUGAUCGUCAAGAAGGUGGCAAAAUUCCACGCCAGUGCUUUCGUCUACGAAGAAAAAAUGUCGGAGGAGUUGGGUCACCGGUACCGACUGAGUGACGAAUUUGGGGAAAAUAAAUAGCCAAAAGUGUGUCAUUUUUUGUCAAAACUGGGCCAAACGUAGCGCAAACCUUGGACACAAUUUUUUCCCCGAAAGUAUAGGUACCUCAGAAAGCACAACCUCAAUUUUUCAAUGAUAUGCAUUUUAUUUUACGAUUUUUUUAUUUUUCAAAUUUUGACAUUUGUAAAUAUUCAGUUUUCCGAUUUUUGAACUAAUCUUUUUUAUUUUCCCAUUACUCGACUACCGCAAAGUUUAGAUUUUUUCAGUUUUUCAAUUUUUCUAUUUUUCAGGUUUUUGGAUUUUUCAAUUUUUCAAUUUUUUUUAGCUUACGAUUUUUUGACUUUGCUUUUUAGAUUUUCGAUUUAUCACUUUUCCAAUUUUUAAAUUUUCAAAUUUUUGGAUAUCUCUUUCAGUUUUGGGAUUUUUCAAUAUUUCGAUUUUUCGACUUUUUGAUUUUUGGACUCCUGGAUUUUUUACUUUUUGGAUUUUCAAUUUUUUGCUAAACUUUAGAUUUUUCAAUUUUUCCACUGUUUUAUGCUUCGAUUUCUCAAUUUUUCAACUUCUCGAUGUUUUCAUUUUUCACUUUUUAAAAUUUUGAAUUUUUCGAUUUCUCAAGUUUCCAGUUGUUCUAUAUUUCAAUUUUUCAAUUUUCCGAAUUUUGGAAUUAUCGAUUUUUCUAAUUUUUCUUUUUGAAAAUUUUUCGAUUUUUCAAUUUUUUGAUUUCUCGAACUUUUCUUCACGACUUUCCACUCCUCGAUUUCUCGAUCCUCUGAUUUUUCGAUUUCUCGAUGUCUCAGUUUUCGAAUUUUUCGAUUUUUCGAUUUUUG